AGUCACUGCCGAUAAGCUGUGAGGUCCAGCAGAGGGUAUUUAAGGUCUGGUGUUUAAUGAGAGCACCACACUACAGAGUGCAACCUGAGCCGGCCAUGAAGACCCAUGCAUUGCUGCUGCUGCUCUGUGCGUGUGCCCACGGGGCGCCCAAGGAGCGCCCGACGCCGGCCUCCUGCAAGGACCCCGCAGCUCUGGGAGCUGCCAAGCAGGCCAUGGCCAUGAUCAACCAGGACCGCAAGCAGGGCUACGUGCUCAGCCUGAACCGCCUCUGCAACGUCAACCAAAUGCAACGUGGUCCCACGGGGGUGGUCUACUACCUGACCAUGGAUGUUCUGGAGACCACAUGUCAUGUCCUCAGCAAAAUAGACCGGGACAGCUGUGAUGUCAGAGAACCCAUGAUGGACUAUGGUCAGUGCAAGGCCAUAAUCUACAUAAACAGGGUUCAGAGGGAGGUCACCUUGCAUAGCUACAGCUGUUCUGUGAGACCAGUACCGGUGUCCAGAAUGUUCGAAAUCUGCCCAGACUGUCCCCCAAAGGUUCCCCUGGAUGGCGAGAAUGUUCUGGAGACCACCAAGCAGGCACUCGAGGAGUUCAAUAGAAAGAGUGGACUUGCAAACUACUUCGCCCUUUUGAAUGUCACAAGGGCCACUGCUCAGAGGGGAAUCGGUAUAUUCGACUUCGUGGAGUUCAUCAUUCAGGAGACAGUUUGUGCCAACAACACAAACAUCACGGAGGCUGCGAACUGCAAGCUGCUGAACUGCGAGUUUGCACAUAAAGGUUUUUGUAAAGGAAGCAAGUCUGAGGUUAUGGGUCAAAAACAUCUCUCAGUAGAGUGUGAAAUCUUGGAGCCUGAGGGUGCAGAAAAGGAGAAAUCAAGGCAUUUGCUGGGUGGAGAGCACAGCCAUGCGCACGACCAUGACCACACCCACGACCAUGACCAUAAACAGGGCCACGACCAUGACCAUGACCAUAAACAGGGCCACGACCAUGACCAUGACCAUAAACAGGGCCACGACCAUGACCAUGACCAUAAACAGGGCCACGGCCAUGACCAUAAACAGGGCCACGACCAUGACCAUAAACAGGGCCACGACCAUGACCAUAAACAGGGCCACGGCCAUGACCAUAAACAGGGCCAUGACCAUGACCAUGACCAUAAACAUAACCACACAGGUGAGCACGGUCACCAGCAUGAUCACAAACACCUCCACGCCCAUGAGCAUCACCACAAUCAUCGCGACGAUGCCCCUAAGAAGACCGCUAGGGUAACUCAUGGUGUGGUACGCUACCUCCCACCCUUGGACGACCCCACAGCAGUGUCCUCGCUGCCCGACCAGCCUGACGCCUCGGAGGCACACCGUCCUGUCACUCUGCCAGUGUUCCCCGAUGCACACGGCUCACAUGCCAAGGAACCUGCCAUCCCCCCCUUCCCCGACACAGUGUCACCGGAGUGUCCUGGGGACCCUGCCAGAGAGAUCUCCUUCAUCAAAGAGCUCAUUGACAAGGACCCACUAUUCCAACAUAAAGCUCAUUAAUUAGUGAGCGAACUUGCUUCUGUAGACCAAUGCUUCCCAAUCCGGUCCUCUGGGACGCGCAGACAGUCCACAUCUUUGCUCCCACUGGGAGCUGGGAAGGAGCAAAAAUGUGAGCUGUCUGUCAGGGAACCGAGAGGGAGCAAAAACCUGGACCGUCUGUGGGUUCCUGAGGACCGAGUUAGAAAACACUGCUGUAGACAAAAUACUCAUUUAAUCUGUGUGUCAUUUUACCGCAGCAUAUUGCUAUUUAGUGUUAAACUGGCCAAAGCUAAGUUAUUUUCAAUGCACACUCUGUAUGUGUUCUUUAUCUUAACUGG